AUGGCCCGUACCAAGCAGACCGCCCGCAAGUCCACUGGCGGCAAAGCUCCUCGAAAGCAGCUUGCAUCCAAAGCUGCUCGAAAGAGUGCACCAUCCACCGGCGGUGUCAAGAAGCCUCACCGCUAUAAGCCUGGUACCGUCGCUCUGCGUGAGAUUCGAAGAUACCAAAAGUCAACCGAACUUUUGAUCCGCAAGCUCCCUUUCCAACGCCUGGUUCGUGAAAUCGCACAAGACUUCAAGAGUGAUCUACGCUUCCAGUCCUCUGCCAUCGGUGCAUUGCAGGAAUCCGUCGAGUCAUACCUGGUGUCUCUUUUCGAAGACACUAAUCUCUGCGCCAUUCACGCCAAGCGUGUUACUAUCCAGUCCAAGGACAUUCAGCUUGCUCGUCGCCUUCGAGGCGAACGCAACUAA